AUGGCUUCUUUCGGAUGGAAGCGAAAGAUUGGCGAGAAAGUUUCCAAAGCCACUUCGCAGCAGUUCGAAGCAGAGGCCGCCGAUGAUACCAGUCAGGUCGAGGAUGAGGAGGAUGCCUGGGUGCACGCAGCCAAGAGGAGAAAGGAAGUUCUUGUGGAAGACUGCGUGAGGAAGAGCAAGCAGCUGAAGGAGGAAGGUGCAAAUCUGGCAGAAAACAGCAGGUACCAGGAGGCUAUUCGCAAAUGGGAUGAAGCACUUCAGUUAACUCCAGAGGAUGCUACACUUUAUGAGAUGAAAUCACAGGUCCUGAUGUCUUUGCAUGAAAUGUUCCCAGCAGUGCAUGCAGCAGAAAUGGCUAUCCGGAGAAAUCCGCGUUCCUGGGAUGCAUGGCAGACUUUGGGACGUGCCCAGCUUGGAUUGGGAGAAAUAGCACUGGCAAUCCGAAGUUUUCAGGUAUCCUUGCACAUCUUUCCAAUGAACCCUGAAGUAUGGAAAGAGGACCUUUCUUGGGCAAGAAAACUCCAGGAACAUAAGGAGAAGGCAACAAAGACUAAGGCAAUGCAAGCACUGGCGAAAGAGGCUACACAAGAACCAAUCCCAGACUAUGACUUCGAGAGCGAUGAGAUCGUGGCAGUCUGUGCUGCCAUCGCCGAGAAGGAGAAAGCUCUUUCAGAAGCUAAAUCUGUCGUGAUUGUGUCUGCGUCAGGCGCAGUGGAGACUGUUACUGAGGAGGAAAACCGUGCAACAACUCCCGAUGAUACCAACUUUAUCAGAGCCCGAUAGGGCACCCUGGGAUAUUGCCUGUACUGUUUUGAGAACUAGUUAUUUAUUCUAUGUUGAGAUUUUUUU